AUGGCUUCAAGCGCGGCAUCGAUGACAUACCUGGACUACAUGACUUUCCGGUACUACACACAGCAGGUUGAGCGGAACCCAGGAGCGGAUGACAAGACAUAUGGGAGAAUCAUGAAAACCAUCAUGUCGCUCACCUUUGCAAAAGACCCGUAUUUUUCGGCAUAUCAGUACGAACCACGCGGCAGAACGGACCACAUAGUCGAUACCGUCGUGCUGCAAAUUAGCCAGCCGCCUGGAGGUGAUCCGGCUCCCUACGACUACUGCUUGGUGGAGAGCCGCAAUGCCAAUGGCAACUGGGGCGAGACUCAGGCUCGCCUGAGCGAAACUUGCAGUCUCACAGAUAAUUCUUCAGGUCUAUAUAUGCAGAUCUUUGCCGCCGACAAAGGUGCCCUGACACCGUGCAGUGCUCGCUUACACGUUGUCAAUGAUGCGGACGCCAUUAUCAAGAAGGUUGAAAAUAUGCAGCGUUGUCCGCCUCCUUUUGUCGAGCCAAUUCCACCUCUGACAAACGCAUGGUUUAAGAACAUGAAAUGGAACGAGGGAAUUUCAUUGAAGAAGGACACAACGGACUAAUAAUCACAAAAGGAGAGGGUUCCAAUACUGCUGAACAGUGGGCUCAUCAAAAUUCGCAAGGUGUAGAGGAAGCCGCGCGGACGACGAUCGAACCAGAUUCCUUUCUCAAAGGGCCAUUCCAGAUCCCGAGAAUGGCGUUCAGUCCCAUAGUUCAACCAUGUUGAUUUUCCGAUAGCCAGCAGACAGCUAAGUCUGGCAGGUUGAAAUAACCUCAAGGUUGUAUAGCCUAAGAUUGUAUCCCGAAUCUCGACAGGCAGCAUCUGCAGCGGCAUAUACAGCGACGCCCUCGCCGAACGGGUUGCCUAGACGAUACAUCUCAAAGCGAGAUCCAAUGGAGGCUUGGCCUCGAUACCGC